UUAUCUUCUUUUUUUUUUUUACUUUCGAUUUAGGUACUUCUGAAAAAAUACAUCGGAAAAGGCAUGGCAUUGCGUGAUAAAUAAUGAUUGUCUGAAAAAAGUAAUUGAAAUUUCAAAAACGUGUAUUAGAACUAGCUUUCUCUUCCAGGGACGUUGAUAAGCUUAAAGAUUUAUUGGGCAUUCACAACAAAUUAUGUGUGGAUAAAUUGAGGUUUCUAGUCCUGAAUAAGAAAUGCAUUGAAGUAUCAUGUCAGGGAAAUUAGACAAAGCAUAUUCAAUGGACGAAUCCCAGAGAGGCCAAGGAGACAGGGUGGACCAGAGGAGUCUAGGAAAUGGAAAACAUGUUCGAUCACAGUCACCGCUGAAGUUUUUUGCGGAGGCAAAGAAAAGUAUCAAUGAUGUGUUUAAGGAUAUUGCAGACUAUGUCAUAGAAUCACAAAAAUUUCUUAAAGAAUUGCCUGAAUCAUGUCAGUGUGCAGAUGCUAAAUCAGUGGAUGAGUUUGGCAGUAUGAUCAAUGGAAUCAUUGAAGUCCUCACUAGGGAUCACAUGAAAGUGGUGUUUUUUGGAAGGACUUCCAAUGGCAAGAGCACAACAAUCAACGCAAUGUUGAGAAACAAAAUAAUGCCCAGCGGAAUUGGCCACACUACAAAUUGUUUUAUCCAGGUAGAAGGAUGUGAGUCUUCAGACGGAUUCCUGUUAACGGAAGAUUCGGAUCAACAAAAGAGUAUUCAUGAUAUAAAGCAACUGGCCUCAGCUCUAAGCAAAGUCAAAUUAAAGGAAAACUCCCUCAUUAGAAUCUUGUGGCCAAAACAGAAGUGUAAAUUUCUGAGAGAAGAUGUCGUAUUUUUAGACAGUCCAGGCAUUGAUGUGACCCCAGAUUUAGAUGACUGGAUUGACAAAUAUUGCCUGGAUGCUGAUGUCUUUGUCUUGGUGGCCAAUGCUGAGUCCACACUCAUGCAAACAGAAAAGAAUUUUUUCCACAAAGUGAGUUCCCGGUUGUCCAAACCCAACAUAUUUAUUUUACAAAACCGAUGGGACAUUUCUGUUGGCGAGGAUGAUUUGGAGGAAAUUGAACAAGUGAAAGAGCAGCACUACCAGAGGAAUGUGGAAUUCCUGGCAGACCAACUGAAGGUCGUCGAUAGGCAGGAAGCCAAAAACAGGAUCUUCUUCGUCUCUUCAAAAGAAACGCUCAUUUCUCGCUUGCACGAAGACAACAAGACACCCACUCCUCAUGGAUCACUUCAAAAAAAUUACCAAGAAAGAGCUUUUGCCUUUGCAAAUUUUGAGACUGCCUUUGAGGUCUGUAUAUCGAAGUCAGCUGUGAGGACAAAAUUUGAACAGCACUCACAACGAGGUAGAAACAUAACAUCCAGUCUGAAGAGUAUAAUGGAGGAAACUUACCAGAAGAGUCAGAAACAAGGGAAUAAGCUGCAGGACGUAAGGGGAGAGAAGUCAAGUGAGCUGGAUUUCCUGGAGAAGCAGACCCUGCUACUAACUACGGAAAUGAAGGAUAAAAUCAAAGCAAUGGUAGAAGAAGUGGACAGGAAGGUGUCUUAUGCCAUGAAUAUGGAGAUUAACCGUCUGUCUGUGUUAGUGGAGGAGUUUGACAGGCCUUUCCAUCCAGAUGAAAUGGUUUUAAGAGUGUAUAAAAAGGAAUUACAUGCCUUUGUAGAGGAGACUAUAGGUAAAAAUUUACAGAGUCGAUGUUCGUAUGUGCUGCAGUCCACUGUAGAGAAAACUCAGCGUCAGAUGGCAGAUCGCCUUUCUGCCUUGUUACCUGAUGAAACCAAACAAAACUUGGACAACGUUUUACCAAAGAGCCAGUUUGAGAUAGCGUACCGCCUGGACUGUCGAAACCUCUGUGCGGAGUUCCAGGAGGAUAUCCAGUUUCGGUUCUCGUUUGGAAUCUCUGCUCUUAUGGGGAGGUUCCUCGGUCCUAAAGGAAUGAGGACAGUCCUUACUGGACAGGGCAAUACCAUUCCCCGACCUAUCCCAGCUCAGCUUCAGGAUAACAACCAGAUUCUAGUGGGAGUAAUCACGACUUUUGCCUCGGUGUCGUCCAGGACAACAAUGGGGGCACUCAUAAUCGGAGGAAUGGUUGCCAAGGUGACAGGAUGGCGUAUCAUUGCUGUGGUUGGAGCACUGUAUGGCCUGUUAUAUCUCUAUGAGAGAAUGACCUGGACUAACAAGGCUAAAGAAAGGGCCUUUAAAAAACAGUAUGUGGACUAUGUGGCCAGUAAACUGAAGUUGAUAGUGGAUCUAACUAGUGCCAACUGUAGCCACCAAGUACAACAAGAACUAACCAGCACGUUUGCUAGACUGUGUAAUCAGGUAGAUAUUUCCAAACAAAGCUUGGAGGAGGAAAUCAAUGAACUGGACAGGGCUGUGUCACAACUACGGGACAUCAGUUCUAAAGGAAAAACACUGAGGAACAAGGCAGAUUACUUAGAUAAAAAUUUGGACAGCUUUAUUCAGAAAUUUCUGGGAGCCUUUUAAUGAAAUCAAAGAAACAAAGUUUGUGAACAGCUUGCUAUUGUUUGGAGAAAUAUGCAGCAAAAUUUACAGCAACAGACAGCGAAUGCUACCAUGUCAAUUUCAGUUUAUAAAUGUAGCAGCAAACCAAAAGACGGGAAAAAGAUGUGUCAUAAUUUCAUGUCGUGAGCUUAAUGUGACGAGAAGUCUUAAUCAGGAUCCACAUGUAAUUUAGUUCUAUGUGUUAUGGGAACGUACAAGUAACUUUUUUUUUGGUUUAAGUUGUGAUUAAUGGACCAGACCAGUUACAUAUCUUAUUUAUUUGUAAUAAUAUCCAAACUAUCAUAAUUAUAUGUAGAAUUCAUUGAAUACACUGUGUAUUGUUCUUUUUUCAGUAACUUUAAGUAACCAAUUUUUGAAUAGUCAUAGUUCUGUGUUGAGAAAGGCUGAGUCAAUUUUCCGGAAGUUCCUGAUGCAGAUACUAGAAGUACAAUCUGUGUAAAUUACAUGUACAUCAUUUGAAGACUAAUGAAUGUAUGGGAGUGAGCUAAAGAUUGUAGUUACAGAUUUUUUUUAUGCAAAUGUUGAAAAGAUAGAUUGAUCCAUUUGCAGAGUGAUACUAGGUGUAUGCAUUGAUUUUUCAUGCAGAGUUAUUCUGAAAUACAGCAGCAGCAGACCCAGGCAUUGUUUGAAUAUUAUAGGACAAAAAGAAAUUCUACAACAUGAUCAGAUUUCCAUCAGUACUUGUAGCUGUAUCAGCCGAGCGUAUUCUAUUUAUAUUGUUUGGUAAUUUACAUGCAUAGAUAUGUGUAUCUUUUCUUGUUUGUAGUUAAAGCGAUAGAGCUGUAAUCGGCGGUAAUUUUUUAUGCAGAUUUUUAGACAGUUUAUUAUCUGACCUAUGUUUAUUGGAAAAAGGUUAUCUGAGGGUUACUAUUUAAAUCCACGUGUAGUUAGAAAAAAUUUGUCAAAUGCAAUGCCAUCUCCCUGAACGUCACUAAUUAUCUUCCGGCAAUUAUUACAAAUCUGACUGAUCAUCAAGGAAGCGGUAAACAAAGAAUUGGAGGUAAAUGUCCAUUUUAUAUUUUUUUCAUGCAAGAAAUAAUUUUAAAUCAUAUCUAUAGGCAACCUUAUUUGUAGGGCACAAUGUUUUUCACAAUAACACUGAAUGUUGCAUUCAUGAAGAAGUUCCAUGUUGGCUAGGAAAACGAAAAUGUAUAUUAAGUUUACCUGAUAAGCAGAGUCCUGGCCACAUCGACCUUUGUUUUCGAUUUUGAUUAAUUGAAUAUUGCAAACCAAAUAUGAUACUGAUUUCGAAUAUAAAUCUUAUACUGAUUUAAUGAUCAAUGUAUACUUUGGACCACAUUUUCCAGACAUUGCUUCAGCAUUAACAAAUGUUUGUGUGAGCACAGAACUUCUUAUCCAAGCUAAGGUUACUCGUAUACCACACGUACAUCAUAGAAAUAAUGUCGUGCUGGACUAUAAUUAUCAUCCCCUCACAAUUCACAGAAAGAGAGGAUACAUCUGUUUAUAGUAAAGGGUCCCUUUAUUGCUCAUGUGUGAGUGUAACGCUGAGCUUGUAGACAGUCUACAAGUCAUUUUUUCUGCUCGGUUGAUUUCAUGCUUCACAUGUAGCUUUGUUAUCAAGAGAGGAAGAACCCUAUAGAUUUUGGGGUCAAAGGUUAAGAACACUAUGGGACUUCUUAGAAAAAGCUUGUAGACACUCAUUGCAAUAUAUAUUCUCAUUGCGAUCCUAGAUAGAAUAUGCCCCAUCUUGUGGAGCUCAUGUUUUAUUUCCCCCCAAAAAAAACAAUUUUUGGGGGGAACUAAAACUGUAUCAUUUCAUUUUCAUGGUAAAUUUCUCAUUGACUAAAAGGGUGUAGAUUUCAGAUUACAUUUACAAAUAAAUUGCUGCUGAUUACAGCUCAUAUUGCUUUAAGAACAACAAUGUACUUGUUAUGAUUUGAAAGAUUUUAAAUAAAAGUAUGAAGAAAUUAAGUUGAUAAAGUAAUUGUGAAAGAAAGAAUAUUUCUUUUGGAAGUGAUUUUGAACAUGUUAUUUUAAAUUACUUAAUUUUGUUAUAUUGAUCUAUAGUUUUUAAAAAACACCAUCAUGUUUCAGGUCCAUCAAUUAUGGAUUAUAUGAAUAUUAUAUGACAGUAACUGUUUUUGCAUUCAUCAAAUGAAUUUUUUUCUAAGUGUGCUUAUUUUACUACGUGUAAUAUGUAUGUUUUACUUUUAUUUAUGAAGUUGUUAGAUUAUUUAAACACAUUUUAUUAGUUUAUGGUAGAUUUUUUUUAAUCUUUGCAGUUUGAAGGUCAUUUCUAAUAUGCUUUUAGGUUUAGUAUUAUAUCUGAUUAAAUUUUGUAGGUAAGUUUUGUUAAUGAAAUGACAUCUUAUCAUUUGAUUUAAUUAUUUGAAGUUGAUCUCGUAUAUUUUAAAUGAUAAAAACAUGCCUAUUGAAGUAUGUCUUACUAAGUGAUUAUUGCUAUGAAAUUGUACUGUGUUUAUCUGCGUUACGAAUGUGAUACAGUUUUGAGCAAUCUACCACUAUGAAUGAUUAGUAUUGUAUACUGAGGGGAGGACAAGAUAAAGGGAGGGGUGAAAAGGGAAGGAAAGACUUACGAGAGAGAAGGGGGGACAGAAGGGGGAAAGGGGAGGAAAAGGGAAUGAAAGAGAAAAGGGGGGAGAAGGGGAAGAAAAAGAGGAGAACAGAAGGGGAAAAGGGGGAGGACAGAAGGGGGAAAAGGGGAAGGACAGAAGGGAAGGAGGGGAAAAGGUAAGGAAGAAGAGAGGGAAAGAAAAUGGGAGAGGUAGAACCCCUCCCACCCCCAGCCACCCAUUACAUCCCCACCCCUCCCACCCCAAGCCACCCAUCACACACACACACAUAGUUGGUUUUGUUGAAAACUCCUUAAAAUGUACGUUUGUUUUUGCACCUUUUUCUAAAAUUGGACAAAUGUUCUAGAUGUAUUAGGAUAUACUAAGGGGUCUGCCUUCGUUAACACCCAUGUGAUACUUGUAUUCACAUCACCAGACCAGUAACUGAAACUUUCACCAGAAACCUCAACAACUUUGAUUAUAAGAAUACAAUGUAAAUGGUCUUGGGGGUUGAAAUUGCUCUGACAAAUUCAGGAAUAGGUGCAAGUUCAACAUUUUCUGGAGUUUGGAUCUGAUUGUGUACAGUUAUGUUUGUCCUGAAACAGCUGCUGAUUUUGAUGAUAUACAUGUACUGCAUAAUAAAAUCUGUGUUGUCUUUAAAAUAUGCUUUCUGUAUAUACUUGACAUUGUAUUGUGUUUGAUACCAAAUUAAUUUCAUUUAGUCAUGUGUUUGUGUGGCCUUGAAAUCUUGGUUUUCGUGCGUUACACAGCUAAUGUUCAUUCUGACAAUCUUCAAAACUGUUUAUCAGCCGACAUUCAAUUGUCUUUAUUAUUCAACACAGGUAUGAUUGUCUAGACUUUUCCAAGAAUAAAGUUGUGGAAGAUUU